UUCCGCGAUACUCAUUGGGGCCUCGCAUGGAAGUGUCUGUGCUACUAUGGGCUUGUACAAGAAUGCUAACAUACAUUAAGACUGAGAGGUAUGCACUUUGUGAAAUGUACGCCGAGGUCUGAAGAGGUGUCAUUACUCGGUCAUCGAUGUCUCAAUCUUCCGAAUGAUCCUAGCUGGAUUCCCAGCAGCAAGAUGGAAAGCAGGAACAUCCUUAGUUACUACACUGCCCGCCCCAAUCGUCGCUCCCUUCCCAAUCGUAACCCCCGGGAGGACGAUCACGUCUCCGGCCAACCAGCAAUCCUCGCCGAUAUGGAUUUCUUUUCCCAGCUCCGGGCCCUCAGUUCCAUUGCGCACAGCGGGGUCCAGCGGAUGAAUUCCGCUAUAUAGACUGACGUUCGGACCUAGCAUCGUUCGUGCCCCAAUAGUGACAAGGCAAGUAUCGAUGAUGACGCAGUUGAAGUUGAUGAACACCCCUUCUCCUAGCCGCACGUUGAAACCGUAGUCGAUCCGGAUCGGUGCCUCGAUCCAUGGCUCUCGUGAUAGAAGAGCAUCGUCUUCGGCGGGGUCCUGUUUUGGAGGUGGAAGAGGAGUCUUGUCAUCAAUGAUAAUCUCAAGGUAGAUUGUCGGUGUUACGAGACCAUGUUCAGGAUUGUACUCGGUAUCAUACACACUUGAGAAUCUUUUUAAUAUCACUUACUCUUUCCAAAGCUCGAUUUGUCGCCGGCGAGAUACGUCACCGGCAUUGUUGAAUCGCUGACAG